GUAAAUGGAGGCUGAACUGGGGGACUUGCUGUCAGCGGCUUUCAAAAUGCAAACAGCCGUAGCAAAUGGGACGCAACGCUGAUCUGGGACAGGUCACCGAUGGAUUAGCGAUCAUCGAUUUCUCUGCAAGUCCUCACGUCCUACUAUUGUUCCCCUGACAGACCAGCUGCUGAAGAUCAGGCUUCUUUCAGAGCGCUGCGCAACCCUGCCAGUGUGUGCCGAUAGCGAAGCCCGUCGGAUGCAAAGGAGCGUAGGGGCGACGAGAGCUCACCACCCGUGGGAGCGCUCCAAGAAGACACGAUCAUGAGAGAGGAGCUAUCCUGCACCAGCUCCCCCGAAGGAGCCCGGGUGGCCAGCGAAGAGGAAGUGGAGCGCGAGCGGAAGACCUGCACCAUCGUGGUGCCGGGGGCUAGCGGUGGAGGGCGUAAACGGAUGCCCUGCUCCAGGAAGGACGAAAGCGAGGCUGAGGAGAAGGGGGCUGGGAGCCCGGCCGGGAGCCCACCCCGCUUGCAGCCACCUGGGCCCAAGCGGCCCAAAAGAAGCCACCCGACAGCAGCCGCCCUCGGGCAAACCUCUGGUUCCGGGCAGGCCAGCCAGCCCUUUGAGGACCUGCACGCCCAGCGCGUCAUCGCCAAUGUACGCGAGCGGCAACGCACCCAGUCACUGAACGACGCCUUCGCCUCGCUGCGCAAGAUCAUCCCAACGUUGCCCUCGGACAAGCUGAGCAAGAUCCAGAUCCUGAAGUUGGCCUCGCGCUACAUUGAUUUCCUCUACCAGGUGCUGCAGAGCGAUGAGAUGGACAGCAAGCUAGCCAGCUGCAACUAUCUGGCCCACGAGAGGCUGAGUUACGCUUUCUCCGUCUGGAGGAUGGAGGGGGCCUGGUCCAUGUCUGCCACCCACUAGCCACUCUCCCCUUCCCCAUCCAUUGCCUCCCCACCCUCACCCCCGUACCCCCCCGGCCUCUUCCCUCUUCACCUCAGCUGCACCGCUGCACAUUUCAGAAACGCUCCAGGUUGGCCGUUGCAGAACUAAUCCAUCACAGGCCACGGGCCGAAUCAAUUCCAGCUUUACACAAGAUGAGAGACACCAGCAGCCCUUCCUCCACCUCCCCGAUCUCAGCGAUUCUCGGGCCCCUCUUCCCAAAGUUCUCCAAAGACCUGGGGCUCUUACAUAGAACCAGGUCCCUUGAAGCUAGGAGACCCGGCAGGUCACGCUCUGCGGCGCUGGACACCACCACGGACCGCCACCAUUUCGAUCUACUGAGCAACCCGCUGACUCAGCUCUCCACAAAGCAGACCAAGCGCAUGAGAGCAGCCGUUACGAAAGCUUGUUUUUCGCCAUUCUAGUCCACGCAGAUGGUCUGCCGCUCCACUAAUGCUUCUAUACAACGUUCUCCUGCUAAACCUGAACUUUAACAUGAGGAUUGCUUUUUACAGAAAUAUCAUGGGAGAUUCCCAAAUCCUAAUCAGUCGAUAACAAGGGCAUAUGAGGACUCCAGUGUGAGAUGACCAACACCAACACCCAGUCAGAUCAGCUGCUAUUCAACGGUAUUCUUAAACUUUCCAGUUGGACAGUUUUGGAAGGCCACAAAAUGUCUGAAGUCUUGGCUAAAUGAAAACGUGUAGGUUAUGGUAAGUUACUGUACAAACAUUGUCCGAUGUAAGGACGGCAAAACUUUUGAUACAAUUGAUGAAGACGCUGUAUUACAUGUCAGUAUACAAGGCCUGUUUAAUGAAAUGACAGUUUGUGCUCCCAAGGGUUGGGUGCUGGAGAUGUGAUGAAAGGACUUUUCAACUGGAUGCUGCCAAGUCCGCUUUGUCUGUGUGUGUGUGUGUGUGUGUGUGUGUGUGUGUGUCAGGUCCGCUCAGUCAACUGAUGAUAAUCUUUUCGGGCUGCAGCCGAGCAUGCGUUGUAUUUCCCUCUCGCAUCAAGACCCUCCAGCUUUGCUUUUAGUGACAUAAAUACCGUAUGUAGCUUAUUACUUUUUUUUGCCAAUAAUAAA